GAAUAUUCCCAAUGUACAUGCUCUGACCGGGUUCAUUGAGGAAGACAGUUCACAUGGAAAGUAGUGGUAAACACAUUCACGGCACGGAGCCGCCUGUCCCACAUCACGGCGGAAAGUUCAGUGUGACGCUUGCUUUUUCUCUCCUUUCAACAUGGUGGAAGCCACAUCAGUUUGGAAGAAUUUAAUAUAGAGCUACAAUGAACAUUUCUUUUGCUCUACAAAUUUGAUGAAGAAUGGGAAGCAUAUGUACAAGAGCAUUCGCACUUGUCUGUUUUUUGUGUUUUCUGAUUGCUUCUUUUUCCAAAAAUGACACACUGGAGCAAGGCAAGCAGCUCAGAUAUUGGGAGCAACUAAAAUCACCCAAUAAACGCUUCACUUUAG